AUGAAGUCGUUCAUCUUGCCACUCGUUUUGGUGCUUUCGCACAUCUCUCCCGCUCUCGCUACUCCUCCAGCAUGCUUGUUGGCCUGUGCUAGUGAGGUCGUGAAGGGAUCUUCCCAGUGUUCGUCUUUGAAUCAGAUCGGCUGUGUUUGCAGCAAGGAGUCCUCGGCUUUAGAAUCUUGUCUUCAAUCCAAGUGUGGUGACAACGAAGAGGCCGCUUUGCAGGCAUUUUUCGACGUCUGCAAGGACGUCGACGUCGACGUCAGCUCCAGCGCAUCGUCCUCGAGCUCGUCGUCCAGCUCUUCUAAGAGUUCUUCCAGCUCCUCGAGCUCCUCGAGCUCUUCCAGCAGUGCUGCUCCAUCCUCUUCCUCGGCAGUUGUUUCCUCCUCUUCCGAGGCCGUUGAAUCCAGCUCUUCCGCUGCUGCCAGCUCGACUGCUGAGCCAUCUUCCUCGUCCGUGGCCGCAGUGUCCACUGUUGUUUCCUCUUCUGCUGCCCCAGUGACCUCUUCGAGCUCUGAAGAAUCUUCCACUUUGGCCACCUCCACCACCUCCUCUUCUAUCGCUAACGAGUCUUCUGCCAUCGCCAUCCAGUCUUCCGCUGGAGCCGUUGCCCUUGCUGCCAACGCAGCUGGUCUCGGACUCGGUCUCUUGGUGGGACUUAUUUAG